AUGAGCCAACUAGGAGAUUGUAACGACCUCGGCGAGGACAUCAUACCGGCGGACAUCGAGGGACCAGAGCUUUCUCGCCUCAAGGUAGACGGCAUCGAUGUGCCGAUGGCGCGUCUCGGUGGGCUCGAUCUGAACUACAAGAUCUGCCAAAUCGAAGAAGAUCUCUCGGCUCUUCGAGAAACAUCCGCAGAAAUCUCCAGGACGGAAACCGAUAUGGCAAACUUUUUGGCCGAAUCCUACGAACACCGCUGGUGUCACGCCACCGGCUCGUGGAUGCAUCUAGGAGAAACACCAGACGACGAGCAUGCUCAACCCCUGCCUCAGCGCUAUGCCGCUGCGAACAUUGUGCCGUAUUCCUCGAACGUACCUCAUGAGAUCUUGGAUCACCUUUUCCGUGAGAGAACGGGUGAAUUGAGCGGGCCGGCGAAUUCACUUUUACUUUCGACGCUGAUCCAGUAUUGGUUCAACCAUUACAAGCUAGUCAAAAAGCCACUCAAACGAUGGAAGAUCGACAUCCUCGACAAGGGCAUAGAAGGUGGACUCCCUUCACGACGUAACUCUCACGCCUGGUGGGGAUAG